CAUAGGUCCGCGUCCUUUGACUCCUUGAGGAAUCUUCACCCACGUGGUUUUUUUCGUGUUCUCGAUUUUUUUUUCGUAAAAACGGAAGUAUCUUCGGAAUCGUUGAAUUUGUUUAAACGAACUUCUGUCGUGGUGUUGAAGGAAGGAGAGAGUAGGCGAACUGGAUGUUGAGAAUCGAGAAAGUUGUCAGAAAAAGUCAACAUUGACCUCAAACAAAAAGGAAAAAGUGGAAUCAACUCCAAUCGCAAUAUUUAUGCUGAAAACGGCGAAAGUUUUGAGUAUCUUGGAAAAAUGUCGCUGAAAAAUGGUCGCAUCGAGCUCUUCGACUGAAACAACUGUAGGCCCGGGAAGCGAGUUCAUCAAGUUCUUCACAACUCUACGACCUCUGAUUAGGAGUUACAUCAAAAGGUCAAAAGCUUAGUUUUUUUGGAAGAACAAAAAGCUUGUUUGUUAGAGCGGAAGCAAGAAUCUUGCUUGAGCUGAAUAAUCUCUUUGUUCGAAAAUAAAGCUUGGAAUAAGGCGAGAAUAAAGCUAAAACUAAAUAAGUUGCAUGUCCACUAGUAGCAGUGCCGAACCGAAGCACGCUAGACGCUAGCAGUCACCGAUUUCAACAUCCAAGAAGAAGGAGUAGACAAAGUUGUUGUUACUUUUGAAAAUCAGGAAGCAGUCGGACCAGGAUCAAGGAGUGCAGCCUUUUCCCUUUUGCUGCACCUCCUGUAAAUACGAUUGACUACGAUUGCGAGGCGAAGGAGGUUCAACUACAUUUUUUCGUGAACAACCAAGACACUGGUCUACUUGAAGACGCAGCGUCCGAUUGCGAUCACUUGGUCCUCAGAGGAAGCAGAAGCAAAGCGAGAACAGAAAUGACGCGUCCUGGGCAUCAUGACGUGGAAGAAUACUACGACGAGUAUGAAGAGGGAGACGCUCUUGUAGCGCAUCCUAGAUGGCAGCAGCACCACGGGGCUGAGGUUAAUGUUGCGGCAGGCUAUGCGUACGAACCCGAAGAGGAGUUCACUGAUGACGAAGACGAAGCAACAGAAGAGGUCACCUUAUGGAAGUAGUAGAGCACUUAUAGAAUUAUGUUGAGGUACAACAGCUAUUCUUGUUUACUAAGAAGGAUUCGAAUACUUUUAAAUUUUUUUAAUGUCUUUGAGCUGCCUAUCCUUUCACACUAAAAAGUAGACUACUCGUGGGGGGAUAUGCUAAUCAGGGCUGUAAUAUACCGGAAGAAUUCGGGCUCACGGCCAGGCGCGUGUACAGUUCUAAUACCGCGCACAGUAGGACACAAUACAAAUGCUGCUCACAGAACUGGCGAGACUACGAGAAUUGUGGAUGUUUCUCAGCAAAGCAGGACUGGCGUCGCAACCAAUUGGAGGACCGGAAACGCGAAGAACAGUUCAUCUUAGGGCAGAUCACAUGUUUGAAGUAGAGGUAUUUGUGAACAUCUACGAUCCACGAGGCCACAAGUGGUCUGAAGAGCAUGAGUAUUAAAUUGCAAUUGGUGAAUUCUUGAACUGGACGACAAGUGCAGCUAGCGGCCUUCAAAUUGUCGGCCUGAUAUCUAGCCAAGUACUGCCGUCUCCAUAGACAGACCGUUCGUUACUAUCUUGUCUUGCUGGCAGUGGAGUAGUACUGUCUAAGAAACAAAUGAAUGAAUCGUCUGAUCCUCAUUCUGUAGCUCGUUGUCUACUCCAUGACCUUCUAAGAAUAACUGCAAGCGUUCACAACUGGGUGUCACGAUACGCUCUGGAGCACAGCAUUUUGGUCCACAGUUGUCGCUGUUUUCGCAGUUCCUGUCAUGCUGUACAAAGCCACAAGUGGCACAUUCUGCGAGCAAGAGGUGGAAUUGGCGUCGUGGCUGUCUGUAGGUGUCCUCGGGAGCGUUCCCGCGAGUUUGCAUCUGAAGACGGUGUCCAAGUAUUAUUUGUUAUGGAUUAGGUGAUCAGCACUUUCAACAUUCUCUAGAACAUCAACUCUCAUGACCUCAUCCAAAAACUCAUUCAAAUCUCGUCUGCUCAUUCUAAUCUCCUCCGCGUAUUGCAACCGACGCUGCUCCUUUGCUUCGACGUUAUCGGCAUUUGGUUUCCUAUGGCUUCUCUGCGGGACCGCGUUAGUGGUUGCGCGUGGUUGUCGGCUUCCAUCCUGUGACAAACCUUGGGUUUGGGGAGUGGCCGUAGGCGUACUUGCACUCCACUGGCUCGGCUUCGGUGUCAUGUGUCUACCGAAGUUGGGACAAAUGUGUCUCAUAGGACUGCGCAACUGCUGCUUUGGGAGGCCAAAACCGAAGAUGGGGAUACACUGAUAUUAUAUAUAAGGAGCGUUCGACUAAUUAUAUGAUAUUAUAAGGAGCGUUCGACUAAUUAUAUCGUACUGAUGAAGACGGUUCGAAGACGUUGGGGAGACGCUAACUAUUUUUGAGAGCUCAUUAUGUACGGAACCGAAAAUCGGCGUUACUCGAUCAUGAAAAAGCUAGUGAUAUAGACCAAAAGUUAUGUUUUAGGACAAGAUUGAAGAUGAUAUUUAUGAGAAUAGAAAAUGAAUUGAACAUCCAGUUAUACACAGAUGAGAAAAAUGAUUACUGACACUAGUCGCCGUCCAAUAUCAGAUAGUAUCUAUUGUUUAUCACCUCGUCUUAAAAUGUAGUACAAGUACAAGUACACCAUCCAGCUCUUUCCCUUCGGCCGGAUCGGUACUAUGAUUGUCAGAUCUGCACCAGGGUAACCUAGUAUAGCCAGAUUUUCGCUACAACACGAGUUUAAUCCCAUCAGAUUUCUGUCACUGGGGGAGAAGUCUUUUAUUGUUGAUCGUGUUUUUGUACAGACUGAUAAAAAUAAUGUAACUAAUUCUAAUGCAUUUCAUGAUACCUAUGCCACUAGCAGAACUCUCUUCAUAGCUUGGUUCACAAUUUGUUUCUGCAGCUCCUCAAAUAGCGUAUUAUUCAGUGAAGAAACACGAGACUUUUUCCCAAGAAGAGAACGAAGACUUUAGGUCAGAAUGCGUUCAGACUAUGAAGAGCACGUUGUAUUGGAUAUCCUGGACAAAAUUAUGUUUCCAUUUGACGAGAUGAAACUAGGACUGGACAAUCUGAGAACUCAUCUCAAGUGCACCUACUUGUAUCUUCGCUUCGUGUUCCCGAGACCCCUGAACUUAAACGUAAACUUAUUAUAUCACUAGCUCUGUCGAGAGGCUCUACCAUAGCAGGACGAUACAUGUCGCCUUUGAGUCGAUCAUCCUAUUAUCGUAUACUACGCGACGCUCAAAGCACAAAAGUAAGACAGCCGGUUAGUUUUCCCUCUACCCUUAGACUUAUCCCCGCAUGCAAUUAUAGUAUAAUGAGAUGAGGAAGGAGAGAGAAAGAGAAGACAUAGGAUAGAAGAGGAUAGAGCGCCUCGUGGUAGCGGUAGGUGCUGGGUAUUUUCCCAAUCACCUACAAGUAACAAUUUUACAAAAAUUAUAUUAUUCGCCACUUCCCCUUCUCCAGUGAAAAAGAAGAUUUUUCUUCGCAUGAAGUUCUUUAUGACUUGUAAUCACUUCGCGAGGACUGACUCUGUCUACUUCUUUAGCUUGUGAGUGACUUUCAAGCACCAAAGAUACAAGUACAUGUCAUUUUGUGUACAUAGCCGGUUACCUUUCUCUCAACUUUUUCCCAUCUAGCAGUAUAUUGUGUGCCAUUUUGUGUGGUUGUAAAAAGUUCUUUCACGAGCUUGAGAAGGGGGACCCUCUCAAUAAGAUUUCAGUCUUUUUACUUUGCAUAGUGGUCUUACGGUGCGGCAGUCGCAGCAGCUGCGGGGAGGUCGGUGCCCUGCGGAGGCAACUCCAUUGAUUGAGUGAUUGGUCUUACGGCAGCAGCAGAAACUGUGACUCGGAAACUAUUGAUACUCGCUUCGCGAGAGUGAGCCGCGACGAGCAUGAGAAAACUUCACUUUAUGAAUUAUUGAAAAAAAUGAAAUGUCGCACUUUAUGAAUGCGGUACUACUAACUGUCUACCUCCAGAGCAAGAAUAAAUAUUCAUGAAUCUCCAGGAAGGUGUGUUCCUACGAUAACAACAAGGGUUUACUGUUUGUUGCAAAUAUUAAGAGGUGUUGUUUAUAUUUCUUGAAAGCGAUCUCCGUAUAUGACAUCAAGGGACAUCAAGUGUUCAACAAACAACGCAAUGCUCGGGAGUCCUAAGUAACUACUGUACUCUCACUUCCUCACAGACACAGACCAUUUUCUUUUU